AUGAACCAGAACUUCGUUGGACAGCCCAAUGCAGAAGACAUAAGAGCACUGGAAGGGCUGCGCCGUGGGCUGGUGCCCAUGAUCGCAGCUAUGGACAAGCUGAGGCGUGAUAUGGACCUCGCAAUGUCACGGGAAACUGCAGUAGACUGGCCACAGAUCCAACGCACAACAACAGCCGUAAACUCAUACAUCACAACCCUCAACACCUUCAUCCACGGCGGCCGCAAGCACGCCGUAGAAAGCAGAAAAAUCGAUGCCGGCAAAGUUCUAAAGAACAAGCAAGGAACCGAUGAAGUAAGAUACACCGACAUUACCAUACCACCACAAGCAGACACCAUCCGAAAUCAACACCCUUUCCCCAUCGCGCCCUUCCCCAAUACCAACGACCAUCUCGCCGGUCUAGCACAAACGCUGCUUCGGAAGCGUCUGGAGCCCACAGAAGAGAAGUGGGUUGAAGACCGAUUAUCGAAAUCCCUUGAAUUCGCAUCCGUACCGCCAGAAUGGGGUAUCGAGCCCCAGAAGCCUGCCGAGAAGGAAGACAAAGACAACGACAUCGAAGCCGACGCCGAUCAGUCAGGAAUGUUGAGCAGAUUCAGCAAGCGCGCGAAAGGCACUCUGACCGAAGAGCAGCUCGUGCAGCGCUGGAACUCGGCGCAUACGUGGUUCUUCAAUCCCCCGCAGACGUCCUUCGACGAGGAAGGGGAGUAUGCAUCGGGUGAGGAGGGUGAGGAAGGCGAUGAGGAAGAGGAGUUCGAGGAUGCGAUGAAUACGCCUGCUGCGGAUGCUGCUGCGCAACCAGCGCAGGAAGAUGACGUGAAGCCGGCUGCGCCACCGCCACCGGUUGUUAUGAUUCAGGAAGCGGAGCCGCCGGUGCAUAAGCCAGUGCCUGGAAUGCCAGUGUUGGAGUUGGGGUUGAUUCAGAAGUUUAUGGCGACGGGGCAGUUGUAG